AUGGAUGCCAAAAUUUUGAUUACUACCAAAUUACCUGAAGGACCUAAGCAACAUUUUCUCAAUUUGAGUGAUGAGGUCAAGAUACGAGAUAGCGAUGGCGUUACUCCAAAGGAAGAGCUACUUCAACAAGUGGUUGGAUGCGUUGGCUUAGUUUGUUCUUAUAAGGAUGUGAUCGAUGUCGAUGUACUCAAUGCUGCAGGUCCCAAACUCAAAGUGAUCUGCACCAUUUCUGUGGGUUAUGAUCAUAUUGACGUUGAGGAGUGUAAAAAGAGGGAAAUUAGUCCAUGUUUUGUUCAAAAAAUCACUAUGCUGCAGUACAGUACUGGCAGUACUUUAGAGGAAGAUGAUUGGACAUCAGAGAUUAUGCAAGUAAUUUAA